GGUGGUUUUUUUUUUAAUCAACGCCAUGUCAUUGUCCAAUCAUCGUCUUUUGUUAACGGGCCACAAAAAUGAAACGGAAAAAUGAUGUUUUCUAACGUCAUCCUUAACAGAAGGGGUGAUUUGCGGAUUUCAUGUAGUAGAAGGGCUGAUUUGCCAGUGUUUCUUGUACAGGGGCUGAAUUGCCACAACAUUGCAGGUACAGGGGCUGAAUUGCACCUUCUGCCUUUCACAGCUCAAAAGCUUGAGAUCUCACAACGACAACGGACGCAAAAUAUCUGCUAUUGUCACAACGUACGAGGCCGAAUCACUAACCCCACGAUCCAUUCUCCACGUGUCCCGAACUCAAUCCCUACCGUCGACGUCUCUGCCGAAAAAUCCGAUGAUGUCCAUGUGUCCCCUUCACCUUUCAUGCAAAUGAAGAGGAAGAUGCAGAAAGAUCCUCCGGGAAUGACGUCAGGUUCCGGUGACGAUAUUAACGGACUCGCGGUGAUCAGUACGAGAAAUGCUCGUCGGCGAAGACUCCAAAUUAGGGGGUUGAAGUGUACUUGCGAAACAAUGAUGAACAUCACCAUAACGGAGAAUGGUGACGUUAACGGAAUUAUCUCCGACGGCGAUGAUCGCGGGGUGAAGAGGUUGCAACUGAAGAACAAGGAGGAUAAUCUGAGUCUUCAGAGAUCGCUGGCAUCGUCUUCAUCAACGGAGGCGUCUGAGGAAAACGUUGUCGUUUCGGGUUUUGGGAAGAGAACGUGUAAGAAAACUGAAGAUUCACGGAAUUUCACGUGCAUGUCCCACGGGUUACAAUCGGUGAUCGGCCGGCGGAGAGAGAUGGAGGACGCUGUGAAAGUACGAAGGUUCUUAGUUCUGUACAAUUAUGGGCUUUAAAGUACGAAGGAGGUACGUAACGAGGUGGACAACCUAUCUGGGCUUCGUUUUUGGGCUGUUUUGUAUAUGUAAGCCAACCUGGGCCUUUACAAGAUGUAAACUCACUUCUAAUUUUCCGCUUAAUCUCCCAAAAUCCUACACCCAUUUCCCGCCACAGAUGAUCUAUCAACUAAGAAGAGAAGCAGAGGGAGCAAAUCCAAGAAUAGAGCCUUGGUUUGUAC